AUGUUUAUUGGUUUAUUUAUCGUUUGUACACUGUUCUACAUUGUUUACGAAAAUAAAUUAGGUAUCAUAUUACCUCAGAUAGUAUUUCAAUGGUUUGGCUAUACUAUUACAGCAACACAUGCAUUAUAUGUAACAAUUGCUAUUGUAUUAUUGUUUUGUUUCUUAUUGGGUACUCGGUCUGUAUUAAAAUGGCCAAUAUUUUUAUUUUUUAUUUCAUUCAUUCUCGCUGAAUUAUUUCUUUACAUACUUUUACGAUAUUUUAUUCGUUUACUAGAAUCAAUAUUUAUUCGACCAUCAACAUUAAAUAAUGCUGGAACUUAUGAAGAAUGGUAUGAAUAUGCUUGUGAAACUGAUAAAUUACAUGGAAGAGAAAUAUGGAAAGCAAAGCCUGAAUCAAAAUAUUAUAAUGAAAAUUUAAUUCGUACAUUUACUGAUGAAUUGAAAAGCUAUCGAGAAUUGGGAGAUAUUGAAAAACUCAUAAAAAUAUUACAAAUAUGUAUUAAUAAAAGUAUGAAUGGAAUUUUUAAUGAACAUUUAUAUUCGAAAAGCUUAGUUGGGACAAAAUAUAUUAUAGAAGAAUACAUUCAAGAGAUUGUCACAAGUUUAAACUAUUUAACGGAACAAGCUCAAUCACUUAAAGUCUACAAAACAUAUCCAACACAUGUUUUAUCGCCAACCAUUGGUUAUUCUAUUACAUCUACAAAUGCUGAUGAAAUGUAUCAUAGUACAACACAGCUGCUGACAAAUACCAAUAUCAAUAGUGAUUAUUCUGAAUUACAAACUUCAUUUUCUAAACAAGCUAUCAACGUUUUAACUACUGAUAACUCUUCUACGGGAAUUCUAUCAACUGAAUUUGUAUUACAAGCUUUAAAAGAUAUGAAAUCUCAUUAUGGUGCAACAGCAUUAUGUUUAUCUGGUGGUGCUGGAAUUGGUCAUUAUCAUUGGGGAGUGGUAAAAGCACUCUUAUCUUCCGGUUAUUUACCUAAAAUUAUAAGUGGUACAAGUAGUGGAGCCGUAGUAGCAGCUGUUGUUUGUACAAGAUCAGAUGACGAAUUACGAUCAACAUUACAAGCUGAAGUAUUAUUACCUCAUUUGAAUUGUUUUGAUGCUCCUUGGAUGGAUCGAAUUAAGUGUUAUAUUAAAUGUCAAGCUAUGUUCGAUCGAGAUGCUUGGUUAGAAAAAUUACAAUGGUUUGCUGGAGCAGAUGGAUUCGAAAAAGUUGGAUUAACUUUCAAAGAAGCAUAUGAAAAAACUGGUCGUAUAUUAAAUAUCACUGCUACAAAUGCACAAAAACAUUAUCCACCACUUUGUCUUAAUUAUUUAUCAACUCCAAAUGUAACAAUUGCUUCAGCUGUACUAGCUUCAGCAGCUGUACCUGGUUUAAUUCAUCCAGUUCAUUUAAUUGAGAAAAUAGUGGAUAAAAAUGGUCAAAUAAGUUACCGUCCUUUACAUGGUGGACGAUUAACAUUUCGAGAUGGAAGUUUUGAAAAUGAUAUACCGUUAAAUACCUUGUCAGAAGUAUUUGGAUGUAGUUACUUUUUAGUAAGUCAAACAAAUCCACAUAUUGUUCCUUUCUUUUUUAAUGCUCGUGGACAAGGUGGCUUACCAUCAGGUUGGCGGUUACGCGGAGGAGCAUAUCGUGGAGGAUUUUUAUUAGCAGCCAUUGAAUUAUUGUUGAAAGAAGAUAUGAAAAAAAAUUUACGAGUAUUGGGAAUGCUAGAUUUAUUACCUGUUGUUUUUGGACAAGAUUGGUCUUUCUUAUUUUUACAAGAAUUUCAAGGUCAAAUAACUAUGGUACCACAUGUACGGCUAAUUGACUAUUUUCUAUUGAUUAGUGAUAUUAAAAAUGUUAACGAGAUUUCAUACUAUCUUCAAGAGGGAAAAUUGACAGCUUGGAGAAAAUUUAGCAUGAUUAAAAACAGAGAGAUAAUUAGAUUAACGUUAGAAGAUUGUAUACAAAUGUUAGAAAAUAAAAUAUAA